UGAUAACUCAGAAGACAUAUCUUGGCCUGAUGCUAAGUCAGUGUUUGACAGCACAGUGUCUAGUGUCUCCUCAGCUCAAACCGCUAAAUCAAAGGCUUCAUCCAAGGCAUCCAGACACUCUUCCAUCCUGUCCCUGAAUGCAAAACAAGCAGAAGCUGAAGUUGUAGCUACGCAAGAGGUGAUAAAGAUAACAAAUGCACAACAUCAACAAAAGGAAGAAAUUCAAAGACUUGAAGUGGAAGAACAAAUCUUAAAGGCUGAAAGAGAAGCUAAAGAAAGGGAAAUUGAAGCAGACAGUGCUAGAAAAAGAGCUCAGUUCAUAGCAGAAAGUGCUGAUAGAAAAAUGAAGCUAGAAGGGAAAAGGAGAGAAGUAGAACGGCUAGAAGAACUUAAAGGGCAUGUUGCAGCACAAGCAAGGCUGCAAGUUUAUUCAGAAUCACUCCACCCACCACUUACACUUAACCCUUUAAUUGAUCCAUUUUUUCCCUCCCAUCAAGCACCAGUUUCCCAAGCUCUUCCUGCUCAACAAGCCAAGCCCAGUCAAGUCCAUCGCCCACAUGAGGUCACAGCUCCCCAAAACCCCCUUCCAUAUCCCUCCAUGUACACAUCACAUUUGGUUCCACAGCCAGCCACAUUUAAUCAAGUCCCUGUUAGUCAAGUCAUCACCCCAGCUGCACUUCCACUCAUGCAACAAGCCCCACCCACUCAAGUUUCUGCCACUCAAGCCUUUUCAACUUCGCAUGAAGUUUCUAAUGACUUUGUGAGAACUCUUGCUGAAGCGAUCACUGCUAACCGAGUUCCAAUCCCAGAACCUGAGGUCUUCAAGGGAGAUCCUCUCAAGUACAAUGAUUGGAAGCUUUCCUUCUGUACUCUGAUUGAUCGCAAGAACUUGCCAACUCAAGAAAAGCUCUUCUUUCUACGCAAGUAUGUUGGUGGCUCAGCCAAGAGAGCUAUUGAAGGACAUUUCCUUGUAGGAACAGAAACAGCUUAUCUCGCUGCCUGGGACAUACUGGAAGACAGAUUUGGUAAUCCGUUUAUAGUUGCCAAGUCAUACCGUGACAAGAUAUACACAUGGCAUAAAAUUGGCCCCAAAGACACUGAAAAUCUUCGUGAGUUUGUUGAUUUUCCCAGCGUGGAAUCAGCUAUGCCAUAUGUUCAAGGUCUACAAACCCUCAACGACUGUGUGGAAAACCAAAAGUACGGUUCAAGCUACCGGAUUGGUUGAGCUCACGCUGGAAUAGAGAAGCCACGAUUUAUCAAGAUGAACACAAAAUGUUCCCUGACUUCAGACACUUCGUGAGAUUUCUCAACAUUGAGGCUCGAAUUGCAUGUAACCCCAUUACAUCAUUAUAUGCAGUGAAGCCAACUGACCAAGAAAGAUCAAAGCCAACAGAAAGAGAACAGUCUAAGUAUCAAAUAAAUGAAAACUUCAGUGCUAAAGACUUUCACCACAAAUACAAGUGA